AUGGAUUCUUCGAUGUGCGAAUCCGAAGAUGUGUUACGCCCAAAGGAAGGCUCAAGUGAGAUCGAUGAUCUCGCUAUGGAUGAGCCCGGUGCGUCGUCCAGCGGAGAUGCCGGCAGGAAUGACGCGAUUGACGAUACCCACAUGCCGGCCGAUUUAAUGGGGAAGCAUUGGGUGAAGGAAAGAAUACUUGGAAAAGGUGGAUAUUUCCAAGUGUACAAAGCUAGAACGGACGAUGGACGUUCGUUCGCAAUGCGAGUGAGGCUGGAACCGGCCGGUCUCAAUAAAUGGCGCAAAAAGCGCCAGGGAAAGUGGACGAAAAAGACCGAGGAUUAUUUUAAUAAAAUACGGGAAAUCACAGGCCACAUCGUGCCACAUCCGAAUUUAGUGGAAGUAAUUGGAUUUCGCAAGGUCGGAAUACGGUGGCAGAUGAUCACCGAAUAUAUUGAUGGCGUAGAUUUGUUCGACUACAUUGGCCGAAGUAUGCUUCUUUCUUGCAUGUAA